AUGGACGGCGCGCUAAGUGAAUGGAAUGUGCUGUCCGCAACGCUGAGGCAAUCCUCUCGGAAGACGUGCUGGUCUCUUCUGGCUCUGGGUGCCUCUUGUACCGUUUCUGUGGCGCUCUUCGCUUCCCAGGCAGUGCAAAUGCCCCACAUCCUUGGGGGCAGCACUAUCGACACGUUCUUGUGGCUUGGUUGGCUCUACCCGCCAAUCUUACUGUUCCUUUAUGCAAUGUACCGGGCCGCAUCCGUGUCGGAGAAAGCGAUGAGAGUGGCGCCUUUGGUGAACUCCUGGGUGUUUGAGACCGAGGAGGAUGGGGAAGCCGUGGCAAUGGACCCAGGGAGGCAGUACGUGGUUCAGUUCAUCAACCAAAGCGAGGCAGGCUUCUACGCUCUUGGCGUGCGAGUCUCCGCGUUUAUGGUACAAAAGCUUGCAUAUUAUUGCUUGGCUCUGACUGUUGGGUUCGUCGCCAAUCUGACGUAG